AUGAAAUUUCCCGGACUUGAAGAGGCCUCCCCUCCUCCUCCUCCCCCCGUCGUCUACUUCCGCUACACCGAUGACACGCUCAGAGAUACAAUCAAGAGGUUAAGAGAGUGCAGAGAGGUGCUCAAACAGAAAGCCAUAGACCCUUAUGCCACUUCUCCAGAAAUCACCCCGCCUGUCACACCUAUUCUGAAGAAGGAGGACUACAUCAGAUUGAAGGAAGAGGAGCGAAUAGUAAAGGAGGAAGCAGAUAAAAAGAAGGCAGAAGAAGCAGCCAAAAAGGCAGAGGAGAAGAAGAAGAAGGACGAGGAGAAAAGGCUGGAGAACGAGCAGAAGGCGGAGGAGGAGCGGCUGGCGAAGGAGGCCGCGAAGAAGGCAAAGAUUCUCCCAGAAAUCAACUUCUCCUUCAUGGACGCCCUCUUCAGCCCCAUAGAGACCCGGAUGGAUGACAUCCUGGGCAACACCAUCGACCCUUUCACAGAUCGGCGGUACAUUGCCUGGUUAGCCGUGAUAGCCGUGGCGAUCAACUACAACUUUUGGUUUUGCACCGCCCGGAUGGCCUUCCCUUACCACAACGACACCAUUAACUUCUUCUGGAUACUGUUGGACAUUCUGAGUGACGUAGUGAAUGUGAUCGACAUCAUAAUAUGGCAGCCACGACUGCAGUUCGUCAAAGCCGGGGACAUUAUUAAAGACAGAAGCAUGGCUAAAGUACAUUAUCGGAAAUCAUAUCGAUUUAAGAUGAAUCUUGUGACUGGAGGGCCUCUAUGUAGAAAGAGAUUCAAAUAG